AUGGGUAGUACAGGUCAAACUCUACGAGCUUGGUGGAAGGAGAGCUCGGUAUACCAAAUAUACCCUGCGUCUUACCAAGACUCCACAGGCUCUGGUGUUGGUGAUCUCAAAGGUAUCAUCUCUCGAGUUGACUACCUCAAAGACUUGGGCGUUGAUAUCAUAUGGCUUUCACCCAUCUUCAAGAGUCCCCAGGUCGAUAUGGGGUACGACAUCAGCGACUACUACACCGUUGAUCCUCCGUAUGGCGACGUCUCUGAUGUUGAUGUUCUCAAAGACAAACUUCAUGAGCGAGGAAUGAAACUUGUUCUCGAUUUGGUGAUGAACCACACCAGUGACCAACACGAGUGGUUCAAGGAGUCUCGCAAGUCCAAGGACAGCCCCUACCGAGACUGGUAUAUCUGGAAGCCUGCAAAGUACGAUGCAGACGGAAACAGACAUCCUCCCAACAACUGGGAUGCUCACUUCCAGGGAAGUGCCUGGGAGUACGACGAGAUCACAGAUGAGUACUACCUCUGUCUCUUCUGCAAGCAGCAGCCAGAUCUCAACUGGGAGAACCCAGCGGUCAGAAAACAGGUCCACCAGGUAAUGCGCUUCUGGCUUGACCGAGGCGUCGAUGGUUUCCGUAUGGACGUCAUCAACUUUGUCAGCAAGGACCAAGCAUUCCCCGACUCAGACAAGACUGUUCUCCGUGGGACAGAGUACUAUGCAUGUGGUCCUAGGUGUCAUGAGUUCCUCAAGGAAAUCGGUAGCAUUCUCCAGGAGUACGAUGCCUUUAGUGUUGGUGAAAUGCCUUGUGUUCAUGAUGAGCGGGAGUUGAUCAAGGCUGUGCACGGUGACCGAGGAGAGCUCAGCAUGAUCUUCCAUUUUGAGCUGAUGGACCUCGAUCACGGCGUCGAAGGCAAGUUCACGCCCAGAUCCUGGAAACUAUCAGAGCUGAAGGCUACAACCCUCAAGUGGCAGAGGUUCAUGUACGACAACGAAGGCUGGAAUGCGCUGUACCUGGAGAACCACGACCAGCCACGAGCUGUCAGUCGUUUCGUCCACGAUGAUCCUGAACAUCGUGUUGCCAGCGCGAAACUGAUUGCACUCUUCCUCGGUUUCCAGUCAGGCACGCCCUUCAUCUACCAAGGCCAGGAGAUUGGCAUGACCAACGUUCCGAAGGAUUGGGGCCUGGAAGAGUACAAGGACCUCGACUGCCUCAAACAUUGGGAUCUUCACAAGAAUGAUGAUAUCGCAGCCCAGCAUUCCUACAAGGUCGAGUAUCAAAGGAAGUCUCGUGACAACGCUCGUACCCCCAUGCAGUGGGAUGCAAGCCCAAACGCAGGCUUCACCACUGCUGAUGCCAACCCCUGGAUGCGCGUCAACGACAACUACACCGACAUCAACGCUGCUUCACAGACAUCAGAUUCCAAUUCUGUGUACAGCUGUUAUCGUCAAGUACUUGGGAAGCGCAAGGAGUACACGGAUAUCUUUGUCUAUGGUAACUUCCAACUCGUGGACGAAUCCAACGACAAGAUCUUUGCGUACUCACGACAGGCUGAUAGCGGGGAGACUGCUCUCGUCGUGUGCAACUUCUCAGUGGAUUCCGUUGCAUGGAAGUUACCUAGCGAGGCUCGAGAGGUGCUGACCAGUCCAGCGGGAAGGACACUCGAUGACUUGAAUAGUGGUGAGAUCAAGCUGGCACCCUGUGAGGCUUUCGCUGUCCUCUUGAAAUGA